CCCAUGCCCUACCUUUUCUCAGACUCUCUCUCUCUCUGUGCCAGCACUCAGUCACUCUCCAAGUUCAUUUCAUUGCAGUUUCGCAUCGUUCUUCUCACUCUCUUGCAUGAAACUCUUCGCUCUUAAGAAAUUCACCCCGGGCAAGUAGAUGAAGAAAUCGAAAAUCGCAGGUGAUGUUGCAGUCAUGAAGGUUCCGACUCAGUCCUCAAUAGGCGUUCGUACCAGAGCCAAAACCCUUGCGUUACAAACCCAUUGCAAGUUGCCUUCGUCUUCGACGACUUCGCCUUCCUCACCUCUGGAUGCUGAUGAUUCUUCCUUUUCCUACCUCCAACUCCGAAGCCGACGCCUCCGGAAGGUCUUCGUCGGCAACAAGAAGCCAUCGUCGUCACUACCCAAGUCUCACGGGAGCUGUUGCAGAGAAAGUCCUAACUGUAAUUGUCGUGGCAUGAUUGCGAAUUCGACGGUGCGAGAAAGUUCGGUGAAAUCAGUGUCGUUGAUUAAUGAGGAGGGGCAUUUUCUAGGGGAAUUUGCAAAGGCAAGCGAUGAUGAAGAAAAUGUUGAUAUGUGUAUUGAGAGUUCGUUCGGAGAAAAUAUCUCGGAGGUUGAAGACAGAGAUAGCAGGAGUACAGGGGAUAGCUCGCCUUGUAGUUUAACAAGGGACUCUGCUACUAUGAGCAACCUCGCGUCAACCACAAAACAGAUUAUAUGUGAACACGUGCAAAGGGAUAUUCCAACGGCUUACGAGAUGGAGGAGUUCUUUGCUUUUGCAGAGAAGCAGCAACAUACAAUCUUUAUGGAGAAGUAUAACUUUGACAUUGUGAAUGAUGUGCCUCUCCCAGGUCGGUUUGAGUGGGUCCAAGUGCUUCACUAGGCCAAGCUUAUUGGGGCUUGUCUGAUGGGAAAAUUGCGCUAAGAAAUGGGAUUUUGUACGUUUUAGAUUAAAUAAUCUUAAAAACUAUAAUUAUUAUUGAAAGCUAAAAUUAUUAUUAAAUUUUGGGAAAGUUACUGAUAAAAGUCAAUCAAAAUUAUCAUGUACAUAAUAUUUAAUGGUAACUUUCUUAAAUUUUGAUAAUAUUUUGGUUUUAUCUAAAAAUAAUUAUAGCUUUCAUAACCUUUUGGCUUAGAAUUUACAAAAUCUGCGUGGUCUUUGAUGUAAUUUUCCCAUCUCUGGAUUUCAAGCUGAGCUUAGAAGAUGCAACUUAGCAACAUGUAGGAUUACAUGUAAUUGCAUAGCCGGAGGAAUUUGAAAAUGCUAACCGACAAGAUAAUUGAAGGAAGCCUUAUCAAGGAAAAGGGAAGGAUCUGAUCUGAUGGCUUUUGGGACUUGGAAUGUGUAGGGGUUUUUCUGUAGAUGGUAGGCUUUUGUAGUUAAUGUAAUUUCUUUACUUGUUUGUUCAUAAUUAGGGCUUAGAGGUAAGGAUAAACCUUGUGAAGUAGAGAAUUCAGUGUGAAGACUUGCAAUCUUCUUGUGGCUUCAACCUGGAAAUCUAUCAUUGGGCUUUCAAAUCUGGACCAUCACACUAUCGCCGGUCUGAAAUGCACAAAAAUGACUGUCUUUCUAAUUAAUUAAUUAUGAUUCAAUUU